CUUCCGGCGGCGCACAGAUGACGUACGUGGGCGCGCCAGGCCGCGUGGAGGUGAUACGGCUGAUGGAGGUCAGCGAGGGUGGUAGCUGCACCAGUCUCUCGUCAUGUAGAGACUGGGCUGCUGAGCGACUUUGGAAUCACUUGCUAGGGGUCUUACCUCCCUCCCCUCCCCACCAUGGCAGUUCGCUUGAUGAAGCAGUGCACAUGCCUGCUGAGAGAAGCUACCCGCCUAAUCCCUGCCAGUGCUCCACUCGGCCAACUGAGACUUGCUGGAGUGGCCUGUAAGACUCUGACCUCCUCAGUCACCUCGGCCAGUUCCCCCUCCUCAGGUUCCUUGACGGAGCUGUUGGGGAGAGAGCAAGUGUUUACUGCCUACCCGGAGCACCAGGAGGUGGACUCCCUCAUUGAGAAAGCCACCAGGCCAGAGGAACUGCUGGAACUGCUAGGUGGGGAUCACAGCCUGCACAACAAUCAUGCGGCCCUCAUCCUCAUCCGCCUCUCUUACCUGCUGUCUGAGAAGCCAAAGGAGAAGGCCUUGCUUAUGGAGGAUGCUCGCUUCCAGCAGCUUCUCCGGCUGGUAGACAGUCAGAUAUCUUCGAUCUGGCAUGGGACCCUUGUGAAGCUGCUGCGGAGCCUGUAUACACUAGGGCUUCCUCAGACCUCCAAGGAGCUGCGGUCAGUGGAGCAGGAGGUACGCUGGCGUCUGCGCAGGCUCAAGUACAAGCAUUUGGUCUUCCUGGCUGAGGCCUGUGCCUCCUCCAUGCGGGAGCAGCACUCCCAAGAGCUGAUGGCUGAGCUGCUGAUGCAUCUGGAAAGGCGUUGGACAGAGAUCAAUGACAGCCGUACGGUGGUGACCAUGAUGACGAAGGCAGAGCACCUCUCAGAGUCACUGAUAAACCACGUGGAAGACAAGUGCCUGGAGCUGGUGGAGCAGUUUGGCCCUGAUGAGCUUCGGAAGGUGCUAAUGUCGCUGGCAGCACAGAGCCGGCGGUCAGUGCCCCUGCUGCGGGCCAUCUCCUACCACUUGGUACAGAAGCCCUUCCCGUUGACGAAAGGCAUGCUCCUGGACCUGGCCUACGCUUACGGUAAACUCAGUUUCCAUCAGACCCAAGUGUCCCAGCGCCUCGCUGCUGACCUCCUACCCUUCAUUCCCAGCAUGACCCCUGGCGAGGUGGCCCAGUGCGCCAAGUCCUUCGCCUUCCUCAAGUGGCUCAACCUGCCUUUGUUUGAAGCCUUUACACAGCACCUCCUGAGCAGAGCUCAGGACGUCUCCCUAGCCCAUCUGUGCAGUGUGCUUCUUGCUUUUGCCCGUCUGAACUUUCAUCCUGAGCAGGAGGAUCAGUUCUUCAACUUGGUGCACGAGAAGCUGGACACCAUGCUGGGAAGCCUGGAGCCAGCCCUGCAGGUGGACCUGGUCUGGGCACUGUGUGUGCUGCAGCAGGUACGAGAAGCAGAGCUGCAAACAGUUCUCCAUCCUGGACUUCACACACGGUUUAUAGAAAGCACAUCUGCAAAGGAUCAGAGUACCUUCCAGAAGUUGGUGCACAUCAACACCACGGCCCUGCUGGAGCACCCUGAAUAUAAAGGCCCUUUCUUGCCAGCCUCAGCUGUAGCACCCACUCCCUUGUCCUCUAGCAAGAAGAUGACACCCCUACAGAAGGAGCUGCAGGAGACACUGAAGGCCCUGCUGGAGAACGCUGACCAGGGCGGCCUGGAGGUGGCCACACAGUAUGGCUGGGUGCUGGAUGCAGAGGUACUCCUGAGUGCUGAUGGCCACUUUCUGCCCCUAAGAGAUUUUGUGGCUCCUCACCUUGCCCAGUCAGUUGGGAACCGGCCACUACCCCCUGGAGCUAAAAGGAUCGCUUUCCUACGCUGGGAGUUCCCCAACUUCAACAGCCGAAGCAAGGACUUGUUGGGCCGUUUUGUCCUGGCCCGUCGACAUGUUCUGGCUGCAGGCUUCCUAGUGGUAGAUGUCCCGUAUUAUGAAUGGCUGGAUCUCAAGUCUGAAUGGCAGAAAUGCGCCUACCUCAAGGACAAGAUGCGGAAAGCAGUGGCUGAGGAGCUAGCCAAAUGACCUUUCACUUCAGUUCAGACUGCUUAGAGACCAGCAGGGAGUGCUGGCCACCAGAGUCCUCAUCCGUAAGGGUGAACCAUCUCUGAAGGGCCUUGGCCAGCAGCUCCAAGGACAGGUGGUCCUAAUAAAUCUUUUGUUUUGGUGGAGGCCAGAUAUCCUCCUAGGCUCUGUCUGUUCUCUCUUCUCUCCUUUAUUUUGGAAACACACCUCUGUCUCUUUGCCCAGCUCUCCAGGGUUCUACCCAGUGUGCUCACCUCCAACUCCCCAA